AUGUCGUUUGGUGUGACUAAUGCGCCAGCGACAUUUAUAAACCUGAUGAAUCUGGUUUUCUAUGAUGUGCUAGACAAGUUUGUAGAAGUCUUUAUUCAUGAUAUCCUAGUGUACUCUAAGAGUGAAGCGGAACAUGCGGAGCAUUUGCGGUACGUGCUGAAGAUCUUGAGAGAGCAUCGACUAUUCACCAAGUAUAGUAAGUGUCAGUUCUGGCUAGACCGCAUUGCAUUUCUAGGACACGUGGUGUCAGGAGACGGUAUAUCUAUGGACCCGGAUAAAGUAGCUGCUGUUAAGGAUUGGCCUACCCCUAAGUCGGUGUCCGACAUUAAGAGCUUCCUAGGAUUAGCUGGAUAUUACCGACGUUUCAUCAAGGAUUUCUCGAAGAUUGUAGAACCAAUGAUGCGUCUUACGAGGAAGGAUAUUAAUUUCGUCUGGUCCGACGUUUGUGAGCAGGCGUUUGAGGAGUUAAAGUCUCGAUUGAUUUCGGCCCUAGUCCUGAUGAUACUGGAUAAGAGCGGAAAUUUGAGGUGUUUUGCGACGCAUCAGGUAGAGGAUUGA